GAACACCCAAGGACACCUGAGACAGGCUCAAACAAGCUGCCCCCCCAGCUGUGAAGUACAUAAUUACUCUCUUUAACUGAAGGGCUUCAACCUCCAACACACUCCACGGUUGCGAAUGACCUUCCAGAUUGGCAGCUAAGGGAUGAACUUCAGCAGGGAUGUGGCCCGGCAGACCAGUUGUUAUACGUAUGUGAUAGAGGACGAAGAUCCAGCUGUGACAAGCCUAAAUGCAUUUGAGUUGGCAGAGAGGGGUGACCUGGUUCACCUGGAGAACCUGGUGAGAAAGAGCCCAGAGGUCCUCACUGAGAAAGAUGAAUGUGGAGCCAGUCCGCUCCAUCAUGCAGCUGGAGGAGGCCACGUCACCCUCAUCCAAUUUAUCAUUACUGUUGUGGGCUCAAAGGAGCUGAACAGCUUUGAUGACCAAGGUAACGUGCCGCUGCACUGGGCCGUGGAGAAGAACAAGCCAGAAAGCUGCAGGAGUCUUUUGGACCUGGGGGCCGACCCCAACAUCCUCAACACGGCCCUGCUGUCCCCCCUGCACCUGGCUGUCAGCCUCCGACACCAACACCUGCUGGAGCUGCUGUUGUCCUACAGUGCCACAAACUGCAACCUGCAGGGAGACCUUGGAAACACCCCGCUGAUUCUGGCUAGCUCCACCAAUAACUGUGAGGCUCUCAGCACGUUGUUAAAAAAUGGAGCCAAACUCUGCAAACAGAACAAGCUGGGCCACUUCCCCAUGCAUGCAGCCGCCUUUGCGGGUGCAAAGAAGGCCAUGGAAGUCAUUCUGAAGGCCGGAGAAGAGCUAGGCCACAUCGCACUGAACCACAUCAACUAUUUAGACAAGUCCAACAGCAGCCCUCUCCAUCUGGCUGUACGUGGUGGGAAUAUUGAGACCAUCCAUCUCUGCAUUGCUACCGGGGCCAAAAUAGACCAGCAACAGAAUGAUCGGUCCACACCCCUUCAUUUGGCCUGCACCCAGGGUGCUACCGAGGUCGUUAAACUGAUGCUCUCCACCAUUGAGCAAGUUGAAGACGUCAUCAACCUAACUGAUGGAGCUUGUCAGACUCCUCUACACAGGGCGACAAUAUUUGACCACGCAGAGCUGGCGGAGUACCUCAUUUCUUUGGGUGCAGACAUGAACCGCACUGACUGUAAGGGAAACACCCCCCUGCUGCUGGCAACCAGCUGUGGAGCAUGGAAAACUGUUCCUCUUCUGCUGAAAAAAGGGACGGAUGUUAACGUGAAAGACAGCUGCGGUUGUAAUUUCCUUCACCUGGCCAUACUGCAGCCCAAGGGUCUUAAAAAUCUCCCACAAGAAGUACUGCAGCACGACAGUGUGAAGGCGCUGCUGAGCUGCGAGGAUAAUGAGGGCUGCACCCCACUCCAUUACGCCUGCAGGCUGGGUAUCCAUGACUCAGUGAAGAACAUGCUGGGUCUCUCGGGGCAGGUUGGCCUCGCAUGCAAGUCCAAGGACAAGAAGUCUGCUCUGCACUUUGCUGCUCAGUUUGGACGCAUCAAUACUUGCCAGAGAUUAUUGGAAAGCAUCACAGAUUCUCGUCUGCUGAAUGAAGGUGAUGAGAGAGGCCUGACGCCGCUGCAUUUGGCUUCAAAAGGUGGGCACGCCAAGGUGGUUCAGUUGCUGCUGCGCAAAGGAGCUCUCUUUCACAGUGAUUACAAAGGCUGGUCUUGUCUGCAUCAUGCUGCAUCUGAAGGUUACACACAAACUAUGGACAUUCUGCUGUCAGCCAAUAUGAAGUUGCUGGAUAAAACUGAUGAGGACGGGAACACUGCGCUCCAUAUCGCUGCACGAGCGGGACAUGUGGCUGCGGUCCGGCUCAUGCUGGGCAGAGGGGCAGAGCUGGUCUUAAACAAGAAUAACACUUCAUUCCUCCAUGAAGCUCUGCAAAACGGAAGAAAAGAUGUGGUCAAUGCCGUGAUUGACAGUGACAGAUGUGAAGAGGCUAUGCAGCUGUUUAAAUAUGGCAGCAACCAGGGAUUCCCCAUCCUAGACAUGAUUGAGUUUCUGCCCGAGACCUGCAAGUACCUGCUGGACCGCUGUGUGCGGGAGUCGGAUCAUGACCAAAACAGUCCGGAUUACCAUAUUGAGUACAACUUCAGAUGGCUCCAGGCCCCCAUUUGCUCUACGAAGUCAACUGAUGAGUCCAUGAAGAUCCAGCCCUUAGCUUCAGUCAACGCUAUGGUGAAGUACAAUCGAAUUGAGCUCCUCAACCACCCGGUCUGCAAAAAGUAUCUGGCCAUGAAGUGGAUUGCUUAUGGCAGCAAAGCUCAUGCCCUCAACAUGUUUGUGUAUCUGUUAGGGCUGCUGCCCUUAACACACCUGAUAGUGACUUUAAGACCAACCAUGAACACGACCGACACUGGCGAGCACGGCAUCACCAUGGUGCCAGUAUCCUUCACAGAGCAAAGCCUGUUCAUAUCCAUCUGCAUGGUGAUGGUCUUGGUCAUGAACAUCUACUCAAUAGCAAAAGAAGUUGUGCAGAUCUCACAGCAGCGCUGGAGCUACUUCAGGGACUCCUCCAACACGGUAGACUGGUGUUCUGCUAUUUUCUCCCUUAUAUUCAUCAUCCCUCUCAUGAUGAACACGGACGGCCACUGGUACUGGCAAGCCGGUGCAUUAGCAGUUUUACAAUGCUGGGUUGGAUUUCUCCUCUAUCUCCAGAGGUUUGAAAACGUUGGCAUCUAUGUGGUGAUGCUGGGGGAGAUCAUGAAGACCCUACUCCGUAUUGUGGUUCUGUUUUUGUUCCUGAUGUUGGCGUUUAGUUUGGCGUUCUACGCUCUGAUGCUCAACCAGAGACAGUUUAGCACCGUGCAGCUGUCACUGAUUCAAACCUUUGUGAUGAUGGUUGGGGAGCUGAACUACCAGACCAACUUCUUGGAUGUUUAUCUGAACAAUGAGCUUCCCUUUGGGAUACUGACAUAUUUCAUCUUGGUGCAAUUUAUUCUGCUCAUGCCAAUCCUGCUGGUGAACCUCAUGAUUGGUUUAGCAGUUGGAGAUAUUGCUGAAGUUCAGAGAAAUGCUACCUUAAAACGGAUCGCCAUGCAGAUUGACCUCCACACUGCUCUGGAGGAUAAGCUCCCCUACUGGUUUAUGAAACGAGUUGACAAACCCUCCGUUACCGUCUACCCCAAUCACAAGUGCUCCAGGCACUUCCUAUUGCAGUUCAUAUCAGGACAAGAAGAAAAGGCUGAAGUCUGGAGUCGUCUGAAGUCCAAAUCACAGGCUUGCACUUUAAUAGAGGGUGAACUCAAAAAGCAGAAGGCCAGGAUGAAAGAAAUGGCAGACACACUGGAGAAGCAGCACAGCCUCAUGAAGCUCAUCAUCCAAAAGAUGGAGAUCACUUCUGAGGCCGAUGAGCACGACGGCCCCGUGAACGUCAGAGGCAGCAUGUGGCCCCUCUUGAGUCAGGCCAAAACAAGACAGCGCACCACGUCUCGCUGGGUCCCGCUGAUGAAGGCCAUCGAAUCCAAACGCAAGUGACAAGAAUGGCACAUUAACCUCAGCAGUUUCCCAGUUUUGCACACUGAAUUGUAGAUACAUUAUUCAAGUGUGAGUGGUAUAAUUAUGACAUAAAACAAGCAUGAGUUUACUUAAUUGAAUUAAAAUCUACUAGUUACAAUCUGCAUGCUACCACAGGUAACUGAAUAUUUUUUCCUUCCAUCUUUUUGAGUCGUCUUUUUCAAAACUAGAUCUCUAAUAAAACUCGUACGUGUAAAUGUCACAACUACUAAUAGCUCUGUUGCAGGUCUGCAAGAGUUAAUCACUCACUUAGAAACGUUCAUGUAUGCUUUAUAAUUGUUCAGUGAAACCAAAACGACUUGUGAUCUCUGCUCAUGAUAUUGUAGCAUAUGACAUAUUCUGCGGGAAUCCAAUGUUUUGUUAGUUCAGAAAGGAAAACAAACUGCACCUCCAUAUAUUGUAAAUUGAUUUCUUCUUGCAAAGAUAUCUGAACUUCUGUUACCUACUUCACAUCUCCAUUUUGAAAGCAACCCCUCUACUUGAUUAUGGAACAGAGAGUAGGUUGUCUCCAUUGGAGCUUUAACUGAAACUGAUGUUAUUGAUCACAAUUUGUCUUAAACGAUAACCACUGGUAAAUGCUUUGGAGUUGUGAUAUAUUUGGCAAAAUUCACCAAAACAAAUCUUUUCAGCCCUGAUCAGUUUACCUCACAAGGCAACUGGAUAAUUGUGACAAUUGUGAAAUUUCUAACGGACCCUUCAGUUGUUUCUGGUUGGAAGUCGCUUUCAAACCAGUAGGGAACCGCUCUCCCUUUGUUUGUUAAACAAUGUACAAUUUGUUUCAAGAAAUGCUGAAUUCAAACCUGUUGUUAGCUAUUUAAUUGUUGAGUUUUGGAAAAAUGUGUCAAACUGUAUCUUCUCUGUGUGGCCUUGAAGUUGUUGGAUUAAAUGUAGCACCGAACUAUGCUACUGGGAGUAUAGACAGGAAAAUAUUACCUUUAAGACACCAGGCUGAUAAAUGUGUGUCAUGUUGUGUUAUGUAUGCAGCAUCGCCCUAGUUCUGUUACAUGGACAGUUGCUUAUUAUUCAAUACUGUAAUGUGGUGUCUUUUUGGUCUCUGUGUGCGCUCUUUCAUCUUUCCAUUUAUCCAUCCUCUUCCUUUGGUUUCAUAUCACCAAAUAAAGCUUGAU